GCCGCCCCCCAAACGAUGUACUGCGUGCCUCGCAGCGCCCUCCUUCCUCGCUCCUCUAUUGGUUACCAGACCUGCCCAUCAAGCAGCCCCCUCUCCCGACUGUCUGGUUUUGAAAGAGCGGAGCGCACGGGAGGGCGGGCCGUACGUCCCUCCGCCCUUCAGCGAUUGGCUGUUUUCAAGGGGCGGUGCGCUGUGAUUGGCGGAGCGUUUCGGCGGGCUCGGCGGAGGUUUGAAACGCGCUGCGCCGUUACCGGCCGCCAUCACUCCGCGCCCGCCGCCAUGGAGCUCAUGGACUCACCGGCGCCGCUCCGGCCCCUUCACGACAACGCCCGGCUGCCCAAGGCCGAUGUGGCGCAGAAGCGGCUCUCGGUGGAGCGCAUCUACCAGAAGAAGACGCAGCUGGAGCAUAUUCUGCUGCGGCCGGACACGUACAUCGGGUCUGUGGAGACCGUCACGCAGCAAAUGUGGGUGUUCGAUGAGGACGUGGGCCUCAACUGCAGGGAUGUGACCUUCGUGCCUGGCCUGUACAAGAUCUUCGAUGAGAUCCUGGUCAACGCUGCAGACAACAAGCAGAGGGAUAAAAGCAUGUCCUGCAUCAAAGUUACCAUCGACCCAGAGAAUAACACCAUCAGUGUGUGGAACAAUGGGAAGGGUAUCCCAGUUGUUGAACACAAAGUAGAAAAAGUGUAUGUUCCUGCUUUAAUCUUUGGGCAGCUGCUGACAUCCAGCAACUACGAUGAUGAUGAGAAGAAAGUCACAGGUGGGCGAAAUGGUUAUGGAGCCAAACUGUGCAACAUAUUCAGCACCAAAUUUACCGUGGAGACUGCGUGUCGUGAAUACAAAAAGCUGUUCAAGCAGACCUGGACAGACAACAUGGGGAAGGCCGGUGAAAUGACACUGAAGCAUUUUGAUGGGGAGGAUUACACGUGUGUCACCUUCCAACCUGAUCUGUCAAAGUUCAAAAUGUCGAUUCUUGACAAGGACAUCGUGUCCCUGAUGACAAGAAGAGCAUAUGAUUUGGCUGGGUCAUGCAAAGGAGUCAAAGUUAUGUUGAAUGGGAAGAAGUUGCCUGUGAAAGGAUUCCGCAGUUACGUGGACCUCUAUCUGAAGGACAAAGUGGAUGAGACUGGAAAUGCACUUAAGGUUAUUCAUGAGGAAGUGAAUUCCAGGUGGGAAGUGUGCUUGACUUUAAGUGAAAAAGGAUUCCAGCAAGUUAGCUUUGUCAACAGCAUUGCCACCACAAAGGGUGGCAGGCACGUUGAUUACGUAGCUGACCAGAUUGUGACUAAACUCAUUGAUGUUGUGAAAAAGAAGAACAAAAAUGGAGUUGGAGUGAAACCGUUUCAGGUGAAGAAUCACAUGUGGAUUUUUGUGAAUUGCUUGAUUGAAAACCCAACCUUUGACUCUCAGACUAAAGAGAAUAUGACUCUGCAGGCCAAGAGCUUUGGCUCGACGUGCAAGCUGAGUGAGAAAUUUAUCAAGGGUGCAGUUGGCUGUGGCAUUGUUGAAAGUAUCCUAAACUGGGUAAAAUUUAAAGCUCAGACCCAGCUGAAUAAGAAAUGUUCAGCUGUGAAGCACACCAAGAUUAAGGGCGUUCCUAAACUGGAUGAUGCCAAUGAUGCUGGCAGCAAGAAUUCAAUAGAUUGUACACUCAUCCUGACCGAGGGAGACUCAGCCAAAACGCUGGCUGUCUCUGGUUUAGGAGUGGUUGGUAGAGACAAAUAUGGAGUAUUUCCCCUUCGUGGGAAAAUGCUCAACGUCAGGGAAGCUUCUCAUAAACAGAUAAUGGAAAAUGCUGAAAUCAACAACAUCAUCAAAAUUGUGGGUUUACAGUAUAAGAAGAAUUACGAGGAUCGAGAAUCUUUAAAGACUCUUCGCUAUGGGAAGAUCAUGAUUAUGACAGAUCAGGAUCAAGAUGGAUCUCAUAUCAAAGGUUUGCUGAUUAACUUCAUCCAUCACAACUGGCCUUCUCUUCUAAGACACAACUUCUUGGAGGAAUUUAUUACCCCCAUCAUAAAGGUCUCUAAAAACAAAGAAGAAAUUGCAUUCUACAGCAUUCCUGAGUUUGAAGAAUGGAAAAACAGCACACAAAACUACAACACAUGGAAAAUCAAGUACUACAAAGGUUUGGGUACCAGCACAUCGAAGGAGGCAAAGGAAUACUUUGCAGAUAUGGCUAGACAUCGAAUUGGCUUCAAGUACUCUGGUCCAGAAGAUGAUGCUGCCAUCACCCUGGCCUUUAGUAAGAAGAAGGUAGAAGAACGAAAGGAAUGGCUGACUAAUUUCAUGGAGGAUAGAAGACAGCGGAAGCUGCAUGGCCUGCCGGAGGACUACCUGUAUGGGAAAGAUACUAAUUACCUGACAUACAACGACUUCAUCAACAAGGAGUUGGUCCUGUUCUCAAACUCAGAUAAUGAAAGAUCGAUCCCAUCCCUGGUUGAUGGUUUAAAACCAGAGCAGCGCAAGGUUUUGUUCACUUGCUUUAAGAGAAAUGAUAAACGUGAAGUAAAGGUUGCUCAGCUGGCUGGUUCUGUUGCUGAAAUGUCAGCUUAUCACCAUGGGGAGGCAUCGCUGAUGAUGACUAUUGUCAACUUGGCUCAGAACUUUGUUGGAAGUAACAAUGUUAAUCUUCUACAACCUAUUGGUCAGUUUGGUACCAGGCUUCAUGGUGGAAAGGAUGCUGACAGCCCUCGCUGUAUUUCCACUAUGCUAAGCCCUUUAGCCAGGCUUCUUUUUCCACCAGUGGAUGACAACUUGCUGAAAUUCCUUUAUGAUGACAACCAACGUGUAGAGCCUGAAUGGUAUAUGCCCAUCAUUCCUAUGGUUUUAGUAAACGGAGCUGAAGGAAUCGGUACUGGAUGGGCUUGCAAACUUCCAAACUAUGAUACCAGAGAGAUUGUAAACAACAUCAGACGAAUGCUGGAUGGAAACGAACCGCUGCCGAUGCUUCCCAGCUACAGGAAUUUCAAAGGCACAAUAGAUGAGCUUGGACCUAACCAGUAUGUGAUAAGUGGUGAAGUGUCUAUCCUUGAUUCUACAACCAUUGAAAUCACUGAGCUGCCUGUCAGAACAUGGACACAGACCUACAAAGAGCAAGUUCUGGAACCUAUGUUGAAUGGAACUGAGAAGACCCCCCCAUUAAUUACUGACUACAAGGAAUACCACACUGAUACGACUGUGAAAUUUGUUGUGAAGAUGACAGAAGAAAAACUUGCACAGGCAGAAGCUGCUGGAUUGCACAAAGUCUUUAAGCUUCAAACAAGUCUUACUUGCAAUUCUAUGGUUCUUUUCGACCAUGUUGGUUUCCUCAAGAAGUACGAGUCUCCUCAGGACAUCCUUAAAGAGUUCUUUGAGCUCAGGCUCCGGUACUAUGGGUUAAGGAAAGAGUGGCUUAUUGGGAUGCUGGGUGCCGAGUCUGCAAAGCUGAGCAACCAGGCUCGAUUCAUCCUGGAGAAAAUAGAUGGCAAAAUUGUGAUCGAAAACAAACCCAAGAAAGAACUGAUUCAAGUUCUUAUCCAAAGAGGAUAUGAAUCAGAUCCAGUGAAGGCCUGGAAGGAAUUGCAAAACAAGGAGGAAGAAGAAGAAGGAGAUGAGAGUGACCAGGAACCAGCUGCAGCUACGGGGCCGGAUUUCAACUAUCUUCUGAACAUGCCCCUUUGGUACCUGACUAAGGAGAAGAAAGAUGAGCUCUGCAAGCAGAGAGAUAACAAAGAAAAGGAGCUGGAAGACCUGAAGCGCAAGAGCCCCUCUGACCUGUGGAAAGAAGACCUUGCUGCCUUUGUUGAAGAGCUGGAUGCGGUAGAAGCCAAGCAAAUGCAGGAUGAAAUGGCAGGGAUAACUGGCAAACCUUUAAAGGCAAAAGGAGGGAAACAAGGAGGGAAGCAAAAGGUGACAAAGGCACAGCUGGUGGAAGUGAUGCCGUCACCUCAUGGCAUAAGGGUUGUUCCUAAGAUCACUGCAGAAAUGAAGGCGGAGGCAGAAAAGAGAACUAAAAAGAAGAUAAAGAGUGAAAAAAAUGAGUCUGACGAGAAACAAGAAGGAAACUCGUCGGGGGAUAAAGAGCCCUUGGGCCUUAAGCAACGAUUAGCACAGAAGCGUAAAGCCGAGCAAGGCACCACGAAGCAGACCACUCUACCAUUUAAACCAAUAAAGAAAAUGAAGCGCAACCCUUGGUCUGACUCAGAGUCUGACUCAGAGUCGGAUGAUUUCGAAGUGCCUUCUAAAAGGGAGCGAGUGGUUCGCCAGGCAGCAGCCAAAAUCAAGCCCAUGGUCAAUUCAGACUCGGAUGCGGAUCUGACCAGCUCAGAUGAGGAGUCUGAGUAUCGGAGGAAUAGUGAAGGCAACACUGAUUCAGAUACAAACUCCAAAAAGAAACCUGCUCCCAAGGCCAAAGCUGCCCCAAAGGAAACCAUGGGAAUAAAAGGGAAAGCUCCCAAGGAAAAGCCGCUGCCAGAUGCUGUCCCUGUUCCAGCCCGAGAUGUUGCUACUGAAGGUGUUAGUCAGGACCCUGUGGCUCCUUCUGUCUCUGUGCCAAAGAAACCUGCUGCUGCAGCUAAGAAGGGCAGCACUGCCAAGGAUAACCAGCCGUCCAUCAUGGAUAUUCUCAACAAGAAGAAGGCAGCACCAAAGGCCCCCAAGGCAGCAGCGAUGGGGGACUCCCCUCCUCCCAAAGCUGCAGCGGUGGGUGCCAAGAAGCCCGGUGCCCCCCGGGGGCGGAAAGCUGCCAAGAAGCUGUCGGCUUCUUCUGAUUCCGACUCAGAUUUCGGCUCAAAACCCGCCAAAUCCGUGGCAGCAAAGAAAUCCAAGCGGGACGACGACAGUUUCAGCAUUGAUGUGACUGCAGGCAGCCCCACAGCAGCUGCCCCCCGCACCCGGCCCGGCCGCCUCAAAAAGCCCGUCCAGUACCUGGAGUCGUCUGACGAGGACGAUCUGUUCUGAGUCCUUAUGGAGUUUUAAAGCUUCGGGCUGUGGACUGACAGUGAGCAGAGCUCACAGCGACUGCAGCCAAGGAACCCACAUCUCACAGUAGGAAUCUUUUUGCUGAUUUAACCUCAGGAGUGUUGGAGACCAGUGAAUACAGGUGACUAUUCCAGGCUUAAGAUCAUUCAGACUUGUUUCUAAGCAGCAGCACCUGCGGCCUUUCCUCCCAGUUUCCCUCCUACCUGAAGGUCCUGCUGAGUCUCCUGACUUGUUGUGCUCAUUUUAAUAGCAAGGCCAGUUUGUGUAUCUCGAGUCCCAUAAAUUAUAGAGCUGUUCUCCUUUUUCGAUGCCUUUAAAAUAAUCUUUUAGCCUUAAACUCCCCAGCCCUGCCGUGUGCCCCAGCAGCUCCAGCUCCAUGCUGGGUUUUAGCCUUUGGUUUUUGAGCUCCGCACUCAGUGCAGGGGCAGCACCGAGCACAGCAGCUUCUCGUGCCACUUUGCACCCACAGGCAGCGCUUCCUUCCCCUCUGCUGCUCUGUACCGUGAGCUGCCGGACCCCAGCUCGGCUCCUGCUGUGCUCACCAAGGGCUCCGCUUCCUCCUCGUGUUGGGCUGUGAUGUUUCUUAGCUGUCUGUAAAUAUUUGGUGUUUUUCCUUGUCAUUAAACCGUCCUUAUAAAUAUUUACAUAAUAAAAGCUUUUCUACUCGA